CGUCAAAACCAGAAGGAGAAGGAGGAAGGAGGAGGGAGGAGGGGGAAGGAGGGGAGAGGAGUUCGAUUCAAUUCGACAAUCGCCUUCGAAUUGCGCCGCCCUUCUUCUCUCUCUCUCUCUCUCUCUCGCUCUUCCGCGGCGGCAAUGCCGAUGCGAUUGCCCUCGCUCUCCGCCCGGAACCGAGGCCGCGCUCUCCGCCGUCGCCAGCGGCGCCAAUCUUGCUGCUAGCCCCGCUGGUUUCCAGCGAGGGACGCCGCCCGUUCUCUGCUGUUUGUUUGUUCCUCUUUUGCUGUUGCCGACGACGACGAUAGAUGUGGUGCCGAUGUACUCGAGCAACUUGACGGGAUUCGUGCUGGCGGUCGUCUCCAGCGCCUUCAUCGGCUCCAGCUUCAUCAUCAAGAAGAAGGGCCUCCAGCGGGCCGGCGCCACCGGCGCUCGCGCCAGUGGUGGAGGAUAUGCUUACCUGUUGGAGCCGCUAUGGUGGUUGGGCAUGGUUACGAGUAAGUCGGUUCCUCUUCUUGCUGUGAUUGUGGGCGAAAUAUCGAAUUUUGUGGCUUACGUUUACGCCCCUGCCGUGCUUGUGACGCCGCUGGGUGCAUUGAGUAUCAUUGUCAGUUGUGACUUUGACAGUGCUAUCCUGGCGCAUUUCAUGUUGAACGAGAAACUUCAGAGGAUGGGGAUGUUGGGGUGCCUUUUGUGCAUUGUGGGCUCCACAAUAAUAGUUCUUCAUGCUCCCGAAGAGCGUUCAAUUAAUUCUGUCGAGGAAAUAUGGGAAUUAGCAAUUCAACCAGCAUUUCUUUUGUAUACAGCGUCAGUAGUAGCAGUGGCAUUGACGCUGAUCUUUUAUUGUGCUCCUCGCUAUGGCCAAACAAAUAUAAUGGUUUACAUUGGAAUUUGCUCGAUUAUCGGGUCCUUGACGGUUGUAAGUAUAAAGGCAAUCGGCAUUGCGAUCAAGCUCACAUUGGAGGGAACAAACCAGAUUGUAUAUUUCCAGACGUGGAUUUUUGCAAUGGUUGCAGUUACCUGUAUUAUCACCCAGUUAAAUUAUCUAAACAUGGCAUUGGAUAUAUUCAACACUGCUGUUGUUUCGCCUAUCUAUUAUGCCAUGUUUACAUCUUUUACAAUAUUAGCCAGUGCGAUUAUGUUCCAGGAUUAUUCUGGUCAAAGUGUGAGUAGCAUAGCAUCAGAACUUUGCGGAUUCAUCACUGUGCUAUCUGGAACUGCCGUAUUGCAUAGUACAAGAGAACCGGAUCCUCCUCCAAUUACAGAUUUAUAUACACCACUAUCACCAAAAGUGUCGUGGUACAUCCCGAGCAAUGGGGAAGUGUGGAGACAGAAGGAUGAAGAUGGAUCAUUUCCUGGCUUUGUUACAAUUUUGCGUCCGGACUAUUUCAAAUAAGUCAUGUGCACUUGCAGGUGACAUAUUUUCAAAAGAUGUUGCCAAAUCUCGCCGAUGUAGUGUAAAAAUGGAAAUUUGUUUGUGCGAGCAAACCAGAUCAUGGGGGAGCUCCACUCUAGCAAUUUCUAGAAUUUAAAUUUACCUGAGUAGCCGAUCUGUAUGCGCGAGUGUGAUGACGUUAGGAGACUCACUUCCCUUAGUUCUAAGGUUCAUUCGAUACCCCAUUCUUGUGCUUCUCAAAAUUUUGGCUCCGCGUCGCGACUUAUAUUACCGGGAAUACGGUGUACAUGGCUUUGAGUUUUGAAGCGAGCUAACCCAUGUAAUUUAAUUUAUUUGAUAUUGAACAAUACAUGUACAUUCAUGUACUCAAUUCUUUUUCUAAUGAGAUGCAGCUUCUGCAAUUAUUAUUCA